CGUGAGCGCUCACAAACGCCUAAACGUCUAAAGAAACGCGAAACGCGAGCAGUGCGGAAACCCCAACCUAAAAAAUGAAUAAAAACGAAAAAAUUUCCGUGACACUUCAGGAUGCUGAAACAGGUAAACAAUACACAAUUUUCGUGACGAAAGAUGAAUCCCAGCGCAUCAAUACAGACCUAAAUUUUGCUAGUUUAAAACUGCAAGAAGCAAUAGCCAUGCAUUAUGAUCUCGAUGCAGUCGAAAAUGAUUACCAAGAAAAUAUGGAAAUAUUGGAUGAAAGUGGACAUGAUCAGUCAACACCGGCAUGUGCAGAAUUCGGAGUUUUCAAAUGGCCGCAUGAUGCGAUUCUUCUCCUAAUUGAAGAAUAUCGCUCGCAAGAGGAUAAUUUCAAAAGCGGUAAAACUUCACAGAAAAAAAUAUGGGCUGCAAUAGCCGAGAAAAUGAAAAAAUAUGGCCACAGCGUUACUGGACCGCAAUGUUUGUCAAAACGGAUCGGACUGAAACGAACUUAUGAGGAUACUCCUGUAACGACUUUGUCCUCAAGUACCAAGCGCACGAGAUCACCGUCGGAAUGCAGUAAUUCGAGCCUAUGAUAGUUUUAUCGAUGGUGACGGAGUCGAAAAGUCCAAAAAAAUACGACGAACAUCUGGGGUGGAGGAUCUACUGAAGGAUGUGAUAGAAAGUAAAAAUAAGGCAGAAGAGGCAGCGGAAAGAAGACAUCAAGAAAAUAUGGCUAUGCGAGAGAGAUACUACCAAGUAAUGACAAUGUUCCGAAAAAGAUUCGUCAACGCUUUCGAAAAAAUGGCAGAUAUCCUACAAAAAAGGACACAAUGAGACAAAUUUUUUUUAUUUAAGAAAUUAAAAAAUAAGAAAAAUAUAUCGUGCAACGUUCCACAAAAUGAAAUAUAUAUAAAAUGAAUAAGAAAA